AUUUUCCAGUUCGAAAUUAUAUUAUUGUAUUUAAUUAAACGAGGUUAUCAACAAUUUGCUUUUUAUGCUUUGCUUGUUUACAUUCGUUAUUGCACUUUGCUCUGGCCAGCCAGUUCGCAUCUUUAAGCAGUUGUCAGUUGAAAGUGAAACGCUGUGGGAUCGAGAAUGCUGGAUGUGAUCGCUUUGUUAUUGAUUACAUUGGCCAUUGGCUUUUGGUUUGUUCGUACCCGGCUCAAUUAUUGGGCACGUCGGGGUAUUGGCUAUGUGAAACCAUCGUUUCCCAUGGGAAAUAUGCAGGGAUUCCGCACUACAAAGCAUUUCAAGGAUAUCAUAACUCCCCUGUACGAACUCUUCAAGGAUAGCGGGGCUCCAUUUGCUGGAGUAUUCAUAAUGCUACGUCCCGUGGCUGUGAUUUUGGAUCUGGAACUGGCUAAGCAUAUAUUAAUUAGAGAUUUUGCCAAUUUCGAAGAUCGCGGCAUGUAUCACAAUGAGCGUGAUGAUCCACUUACGGGGCAUCUGUUUCGCAUCGAUGGACCCAAGUGGCGACCCUUGAGACAGAAAAUGUCCCCCACUUUCAGUUCGGGUAAGAUGAAGUAUAUGUUUCCCAGUGUUUGCGCUGUCGGUGAGGAUUUGGCUGUGGUCUGUGGUGAACUGGCCGACAAUGCCAUUUGUGGUAUACUGGAAAUAACAGAUCUAAUGGCUCGCUAUACUACGGAUGUGAUAGGACGCUGUGUCUUUGGACUGGAGUGUAAUGGCCUUAGGAAUCCAGAGGCUGAGUUUGCUGUCAUGGGACGAAGAGCCUUCACCGAUAGACGGCAUAGUAAACUGAUCGAUGGUUUCAUAGAGAGUUUUCCGAAUUUAGCUCGCACUCUAAGAAUGUGUCAAAUCCAUCAAGAUAUUACCGAUUUCUAUGUGGGCAUUGUUGAGGAAACUGUGAAAAUGCGUGAGGAACAAAAUAUCGUUAGAAAUGAUUUUAUGAAUCUUCUUAUCGAAAUGAAGCAACGUGGUGAACUUACGUUAAAGGAAAUGGCAGCUCAGGCAUUUAUAUUUUUUGCUGCUGGAUUCGAUACUUCCGCAUCAACACUGGGAUUUGCCCUCUUUGAACUGGCAAAACAGCCCGAAUUACAGGAGAAGCUCAGGCAGGAGAUAGAGGCAGCUCUACAGCUCCAUAAUGGAACAUUUACCUAUGAGGCUAUGCAGGAACUACGCUUCAUGGAAUUAGUAAUAGCAGAAACUUUGCGCAAAUAUCCCGUUCUGCCACAUUUAUCACGGAUCUCACGUCAAUAUUAUGCUUGCAAGGGGAAUAAACACUUUUACAUUGAACCCGGUCAGAUGGUCAUCAUUCCCGUCUAUGGCAUUCAUCACGAUCCUGCUGUAUAUCCAGAGCCACAUAAAUUUAUACCCGAACGAUUUCUGGCCGAUCAACUGGCUCAAAGACCCACAGCUGCCUGGCUGCCCUUCGGUGAUGGUCCUCGCAAUUGCAUUGGCAUGCGUUUUGGUAAAAUGCAAACUUCCAUUGCUCUAGUUCAACUCUUGAGACGUUUCCACUUCAGUAUCUGUCCACGGACUGACCCAAAAAUUGAGUUUGUUAAAUCAAAUAUUUUGUUGUGCCCUUCAAAGGGAAUUUAUUUAAAAGUUUCAGAGAAUGAUAAAUUAUCGAAGUAAGCAUGACAAGGACACAAUACGUUUAACACAUAAAAAUAAACAACCACGAUAAGAAACUCGUAAUUGUUAGCAA